AUGUCGCCGUCGCUCAUUCGUCAACACCUCGCCGAGUGGAACGAUCCCCACGGCGGGCGGCGCGAGGCAGGAGCUGUUUGCGCGGAUGUGCUGAAGGACGUUUCGAAGGAGAUUCGGGAGAUGUUUGAACGGAAGGUUUGGGCACGCAACCAAAAGGGGAAGGCGACGGAUGCGGCGCUCGAUGCGGUGAGCGGCAAGAGCACGGCGGGAGGGAAGGCGAAGCGCGGGCGCAUGGAGGACUUCUACGGCGAGGGAGGGGUCGCGGCAAAGCGUGCGGCCGACGAAUCGAUUGCCCUCUACCUCGCGGGGACGCGCACAUCGGAGUCUCAGUGCGAGAACCCGCUCUUCCUCAACAUGUUGCGAGUCGUCUCCGCCGCCGGCCAGGGCUAUGUCCCCCCCAAGCGGCACUACGUCGGAGGCGCCGGCCUGCUGGACUGCAAGCAGCGGAUUGAGAAGGCGUUGUCGCCCGUUACAAAGUCGUGGAGGGAGACGGACGUGACGAUCGCCAGCGACAUGAUGCAGGACAAGAGCGGUUGCGCGCAGAUGAACAUCAUUUGCAUCAACGACACUGAGCUGUCUUCCUAG